UACACGGUGAGCGACGCCGCGGAGCGAGGCGAGACAACGACGCGGACGAAACACACAAUGGCGACGGCGGCGACAACGGCGGGCGGGACGGGCUCCGGUGGACCGGCCACCGGCCCGGUCGGCGGCGGCGGAGCGGCGGUGGGACGCAAGAAGGACGGCGGGCCGUCCACGAAGUUCUGGGAGAGCUCGGAGACGAUAUCCCAGAUGGAGACGGUGCGGCUGUGGAUCGGGAAGCACUACAAGAAGUAUGUCCAGAACGACUCCCCCUCCAGUAAAUCCUUGGCGGGCUUGGUUGUCCAGCUGCUGCAGUUCCAGGAGGACGCGUUCGGACGCAGGGUCAACAAUCCUGCUCUCACCAAGCUACCUGCCAAGUGUUUCCAGGAUUUCAAGGCAGGUGGUGCCCUUUGUCACAUCCUGGGGUCGGUCUACAAGUUUAAGAGCGAGCAGGGCUGGCGUCGAUUCGACCUGCAGAAUCCCUCCCGGAUGGACAGGAACGUGGAAAUGUUCUUAAAUGUUGAGAAGAACUUGGUCCAGAACAACUGCCUGACUCGACCAACUGUCUUCCUGUCGCCGGACAUUGAGCAGAAACAGGCCAGUAAGCUCAAGGACGUCAUCAAAAGGCACCAGGGCUCCAUCACUGAUGAUAAGUCAAAGGCCACCCACCACAUUUACCCCUCACCAUCCCAACAAGACGAAGAAGAGUGGCUUCGCCCUGUCACAAGGAAAGACAAGCAGGUGUUGGUGCACUGGGGUCUCUACCCAGACAGCUAUGAUACCUGGGUAUCAGCCAGCGAGGUGGAUGGUGACGUGGAGGAUCCUCCCAGCGCUGACAGACCCUGGAAGGUCCAUGCCAAGUGGGUUUCAGACACAGACGCCUUCAACGAGUGGAUGAAUGAAGAAGACUACGAGGUAGACGAGAACAAGAAGCCAGUCAGCUUCCGCCAGAAGAUCUUCCCCAAGGAGGAGGAGUCUUCCCGUACACCCGAUCGCAAGGAGCGCAAAGCCAACUCCGCCGGCAAGAAGAGGAGGCGCUCGCCCUCGCCGCCCAGUACUCCCGCUGAGUCCCGGAAGAAGGGAGGAAAGAAGGGGAACCCCGGGUCUCACUGGAAGCGACGGGGCCACAGAGGCGAAGAGGAGGACACCGAGGAGGACGUGACCAAGGACAUGGACGACUCAUCGGCUGGUGCCAGCAUGGAGGAGGGCAGCGUGUCCAAAAAUGCAAGUUCAAAGAAAGACAGCGAAAAUACUCCAGUGAAAGGAGGGAAUGUGGCCGACUUGGAUGACAUGGAGGACGACUCAGUGCUCUCAGGUGGAAAGGAUGACGAGGACCAGGGCAAAUCUGAAAUCAACCGGCUGAUAGACGCUGGCGAGGACAACGUGACUGAACAGACUCACCACAUCAUCAUCCCCAGCUACGCUGCUUGGUUCGACUACAACUGCAUCCAUGAGAUAGAGAGAAGAGCCUUGCCCGAGUUCUUCAAUGGAAAGAACAAGUCCAAAACUCCAGAGAUAUACCUGGCCUACCGUAACUUCAUGAUCGACACGUAUCGGCUGAACCCUCAGGAGUAUCUCACCUCCACCUCCUGCCGCAGGAACUUGACCGGAGAUGUGUGCGCCAUCAUGAGGGUUCAUGCGUUCUUGGAGCAGUGGGGUUUGGUGAAUUACCAGGUCGAUUCCGAGAGCCGCCCAUUGCCAAUGGGCCCCCCACCUACACCCCACUUCACUGUGCUGGCUGACACGCCCUCCGGCCUCAUGCCCUUGAACCACCGACCCCCACCGAUUCCUCCUCCACAGCCGAUGCCCAACUUCGCAGACAAAGGCAGAGACAAGGCCAUCGACCUGCAGAACUUUGGCCUUCGCACCGACCUCUACAAGAAAAUCCCCAAGGGUAAAGCCAUCACCUCUACCAGGGAAUGGACCGAGCAGGAGACUCUACUGCUGCUUGAGGCCCUGGAGAUGUUCAAAGAUGACUGGAACAAAGUGUCGGAGCACGUUGGUUCACGCACCCAGGACGAGUGCAUCCUGCACUUCCUGCGGCUUCCAAUCGAGGAUCCCUACCUAGAGAGCACAGAGUCGUCUCUGGGCCCUCUGGCCUAUCAGCCCAUACCCUUCAGCCAGUCUGGAAACCCCGUCAUGAGCACAGUCGCCUUCCUGGCCUCUGUGGUGGACCCCAGAGUGGCAUCUGCUGCUGCCAGGGCAGCCCUAGAGGAGUUUUCCCGCGUGCGAGAGGAGGUGCCGGCCGAGCUAGUGGAGGCUCACGUGAAGAAGGUGCAGGAGGCGGCCAGGAACACAGGGAAGGUGGACCCCGCCUUCGGCCUGGAGAGCAGUGGCAUCGCUGGCACCGCCCCCGAGGAGCCAGAAAAGACCGAAACCACAGAGCCAGAGAAGAUGGACACUGACACAGACUCCCAACAGGCAGAUAAGGCGGAGUCGAAGGACGAGGCAGAAAAGCCCAGUGAGUCUGCAGAAAAGAUCGACAAGACGGACGCCACUGAAAAGGUGAAGAAGGAGCGAACCGAAGCGCCGGAGCGCGAGGAGGACAAGGAGGAAGGAGAAGAGGCCAAGACAAUUCCAGCAGACAAGGACAACGAGGAGGCCAUGGAGACGUCGUCCUCGGACCAGGAGAAGGAGAAGGAGGAGAAGGCGCCUUCAGAGGAGGGAGAGGACAAGGGGAAGAAGCUAGAGCAUGACAUUGGAGAGGGAAACAUCGCCACGGCGGCCGCAGCUGCUCUGGCAUCUGCUGCCACCAAGGCCAAGCACUUGGCGGCGGUGGAGGAGAGGAAGAUCAAGUCCCUGGUCGCUCUGCUGGUGGAGACCCAGAUGAAGAAGCUGGAAAUCAAGCUGAGGCACUUCGAGGAGCUGGAGACCAUCAUGGACCGGGAGAAAGAGGCCUUGGAGCUUCAGCGGCAGCAGCUGCUCACCGAGCGGCAGGCGUUCCACAUGGAGCAGCUCAAAUACGCAGAGAUGAAGGCGAGGCAGCAGAUGGAGCAGCAAGCUGCCGCCGCCGCGGCUGCAGCCGCAGCCGCCGCAGCUGCAGCUGCCCAGGCCCCCGGAUCUGGACCCCAACCAGGGACCCCUCAACCGGGCACACACCCUGGAGGACCCCCGCCACACCACGGAGGACCAGCGCCCCAUCACGGAGCACCGCAACCACACCACGGAGGGCCGCCGUCCGGCUACCCCCCGAUGGGUCACCACCCUAUGGGCCCGCACCACCCAGGACAGACGGGACCGAUGGGACCGGGCCAGCCGAUGCCUGGACGUAUGAUGCCUGGCCCGCCCUCUGCAGGCCCCCCUCCGGGCGGCAUGCCUCCCAUGAUGCCCCCGCGCCACCCUGGUGCUCCCAACGGAAUGUACCCUGGCCCAGCACCUCCACAGCCUGAAGCGGUGCCCGCUGCUGCUGUGGGUCCUGCAGCGCCCCCGAGUGGACGAGUGGCUGACAACUAAGACCCUACACACACACAAACACACACACGCGUACACAAACAAAAGCACACACACACGCACUCAAAACUAACUUAAUCUCUGACACCCGCUCCCCUUUUUGAAGGCCUUUGCUACUGGCUCAAUAAUUUUUGUCCUCAGCUCUCAAAAACUCCAUAUACUUUGUGACAAGACACAUACUCGCACUCACACUCAGGGUUCAGUGGCAAGGGUAACCCAAUUCUACACACACACACACACACACACACACACACACAUCCAGACUUCCUCUCAGGUCACAGCGGCAAGACUCGUCUAGUAAUAAACACUGUUUUCUGCUCUGUUGGGCCAAAUGGAGGCUGGAGAGAAAGACUAUGUACAGAAACAAAACAAGGAGACAGGACAGACUUAAACCUCAGUGUGUCUCUCUCAACUUCCUCUUUCCAAUGCUGUUUAAAUUGACACUGUAACCCCGUCCCGUCUCGUAAAAUAACACACACACACACACACACACACACACACACACACACACACCUCUCUCCGCUCUCUCCGUGUCCGGAGCUUCGUUCUCCAAGCCAGUCGCUGGGGGAGCUAGUGAGACCAGACGUCCAGUCAGACAUGCAGGUGUGUGUGUGUUCACGUGCUCCGAGCUGUAACACACACACACACAGACACACAGACAGAAAAUAAUAUGAAUGAAACACACACACACGGAGAAGGGGUUCCAGCCUGCCCCCACUCUUGUCGAGUAUCUACCUCUCACUCCUCUUUUAAAUGAUACACUGUAGUUCCGUGUGUGUGUGUGUCUUUGUCUUCGAAUGUGUGUGCUGUCGAGAUAGAGGGGUGUCUGAUGGCGGUUCACUUGUCUGCCUUCUCUGAGCGCAGUUUGUACGAUGUUACAACAAAAAAAAGGUUUCAAUCCGGAGAAACGUCGCAAAUCAUCAGGCCAAAAAGAAAAAAAACUCAAUCUUUUUCGAGACAUGUAAAUGCUUGUUGAAAAACCUUUCUGUGUUUUAGCUACGAAAAAAAUAAACCCUUCAAGUCCCCACUUCUUGACCCAAACAAAGAUGUCACUGAGCUCUCUUUGGGUCGGGGAGUGGAGGACACAGCUCAUGUGCUGAAAGCUGCGAUUUACUGCUCAAGGAAAGGCGUUUGUGUCCCAACAAGAUGGAAGACAGUCUUUCAAAUUGCACCGGGUGUCUUGCCGGAAUUAUCGAAUAAAACUGUCUGGGUUCUAUAUUCUUCUUUUUGUCGACGAGACCCAGGAAAGAGCCCAAAGUCAACAAAGUGCCGAACCAGCCGAUUUGUUCCAACCGUACAGUUAAAUCUUUAAAAAACGGUAACAAUAGCAUCAUUUCCUGAAAUCAGAUUGACAGCAAAGAUUUUGGCAUAAAUUACUCAAAAUGGUGCUGUUGCUGGGACUAUAGUCGUGUGUGUGUGUGUGUGUGUGUGUGUGUGUGUGUGUGUGUGUGUGUGUGUGUGUGUGUGUGUGUGUGUGUGUGUGUGUGUGUGUGUGUGUGUGUGUGUGUGUGUGUGUGUGUGUGUGUGUGUGUGUGUGUGUGUGUGUGUGUGUGUGUGUGUGUGUGUGUGUGUGUGGAAGGACAGUGGUAACAGUGAAGCUCUACGGCACAGGGGAAGAUUAAUCAGGUAAUAGUGUUGGCGGGUUUGUUUUGUUGGUCUUUGGGACUUUUCAUUCCAUUUGUUGAUGUUAGGGAAAAUAUAAGAUAUCGCCAGGCUUUUUUCGUUGAAGCGUUAGUCUCCGAUGGGAUGACACGAGAGUUCACCCCCCAGAACGAUCGGUUUAAAGCCUCUGAGGAAGAACGGGAUGGCUGAAACACACCGUCGUUCACACCAGCCCCAGCACUGUGACACACACACACAGACACACAGACACACAAACAAACAAACCGAAUCCAAGCCAAGCUGAGGCUCACACUGGAGGCUGCGAGCACACACCGUCUUGGCCAGACCCUGCCACAAAGCACAGAACACACACACACACACACACACAAAUGCAUACAUACAUUUAAUCUCCUGCUGACCUUUACAGAGAGGGAGACACCGUGAUGCGGCUCGACUGAAACACCCGGUCGUGAACGACGCUCUCGCUCCUCUGCGCCGUGGGCUCGUAGACGUUUUUUAGGUGCUGAUACUGUAGCGACUAACUACCCCCCCCCCCUCCUGACCCCCACCUCUGCUCGAAAUUUCCUAACGCCUAGUGCUGCCUACCUCGCUAACCACCUCCCUCACGGUCAAAUUUAGCAAUAUCAUCACUCCUGUGGGUCAAACCUAUCUGUGGUCUGUACACUGAAAAAUCCCGGGCUACCAAUGACAAGCAAUCAUGAUUUCACCUUGUGGUCAAAAUUAAAAGAAACGUACACGGGGAACAACCACUGAACGAUUCACUACUGGGCUGGAAGUAGUUUUAAUCUGGAACUCUUUUAAUGAUCUGUUCAAAUCCUUCUACAAGCGAAACCGCCCACUCGUCUGUGGCUCUAGUGUAUCCAAUGUGAAUUUUUGCUGGUUUUCUUUGUCUUUAAUAAUACUGAAUUGCGUAUCUUUGUAUCUCAGACUUUUUAUGGUGGUCCUAACAGGCAUAUUUGACGGAAAAUAUUCUGCGAUUUAAUCAAGAAAAAUGAUAAGCGGAUACAUUUAUAAUGAAAAUCGUCUUGUGGUUUUGCAGCCGUAUUUAUUUGCAUAAUAGAUUAAUCAUUUUUGAAAAGAAAAAAAAAUCAGGGAUUAUUUCACAAAUGCUUGUUUUAAUUUAUUAAACAGAGAAAAGCAGCAACGUCCGAGAUUAAACGGCGGAAUGAGCAGACACUUAAACUGAAAAUACUGCCAAAAAAUACCAUUCUGUCAGUCCAUUAUUGGGAUUGAAAGUUAACCAUAUUUUUUGUACGUAUUUCAUAUAAAAUUCCCUUGAACGUGUGACUUGAAUUAGUUUAGUGCAUUUGCCAUUAAUAUAAGUCCGGGGUCGACACGCAUGUUGACUUCAAAUCUGUUUCACGAUAACCGGUUUAUCAUCCGCAUCAGAGUUCCAGCUCACCCUGCUCGUUUCUUUGGAUAAUAGAGCAUCAUUGUGCAUCUGUCGACGCCCGGUUCAAUGCAAACUGAUAUGCGGUUGUUUUAAUGUGAACUCCUGAGCCACUCCCGCCCUCCCCCCACUCCCCCCCUCGCUCGCACUGUUAGAGUCUCUGCUACCUCUUUGUCGUUCAUCCGCUAGCUACCUCUUCUAGAAAAAUCUUCCUCUCGCUCUGUGCUACCUCUGCGCACCCCUUCGCUACCUCUCGUUCCUUUCUUUUAACUUUUCCUUCCCCCCCCCCGCCCACGUGACUGCUGCAUCACUCGACUGUUGCCCCUCCUCCUCCUCCCGGUCUGUCGGAAGUAGAAGAAGAAGAAGAAAAAACACGCCAACCAUAUUGUCAACCUCCCGUUCACCGAGCCCUCCUUUCCCGCUCCACAUCGUAACCCGGCUUGUUAUGUAAUAUCACCUAAAUAUGACGGGAAUCCCCCUAACAUAUAUUAUCUUUAAUCGUUACUCUUUUUUUUGUGUUAAUGGUAAUGUAUUUUUAAGGAGAAGUUUUGUGUAGAUUGAAGUCGAUCUCUGUUCUUUGGGAGUUUGUAGAAUUUGUUUUUCCUUUUUAUUUUAUUUUUUUUGUAUGGGGUCCGUUGGUACUUGGACCUAGACACUGUCGAAUAAACUGUUUUGUAUGA